AUGAAUAAGCAGUUACAUAAUAAUGAAACGCAUGAAAAUAAGGGUGUAGUCACGGCGCCGACUAAACAGAUCUCUAUGUGCUCUCUUAUUAUUUGGAAUAUUUCCAAAGCUCUUGAAAAGAAACCCAGCAUGGAUUUAAAGGAAGCCAUCAUAUCGACCUACAAUCGUGUUGAAUCUGAGUCAAGUGAGAGUAAUAUUGUAACUGAGCCACCAGAGUUCAGACAUUUGAUGUGUGCAAUGCUGGCAUGGCAGCAGCUAGGUCAUAAGGACGCGGAUGGCCUAUAUCAAUUUUUCAUUGAGAACAAACCGGUUAAUGUAACCACCGAGAAUUCAACUAGUACAAAGAAAGUAAAUACCGUCAAGAAACCUGGCGCUUGUGUGAAGUUUCAACCUUACGUUGAUCAUAAAUAUUACAAGAAUCCUAAAAAUAGCGUCAAUGAUUUUGACAUCAGCUCUCUCACGGGACCAGUGGUCAAGUUACCCGUUGAAACAAAAAUUGUAAUGCGCAUGGAAAAUUCUACAAGUGCGCGACCAGGUCCGAUGAAACUACAGAAGGACAAAAAAGAUAUUAUGAAAAAAAUUGAUGAUGCAUGCUGUCAGGACACUGUUUGUAUAAAACGUCUAUCAGAACUAGACAACGCUGUAAACGAACUAAGAAAUCGAGCAUCAAAACUAGCGAGGCGUGAAGCUGAACGUGCUGAACUUUUAGAGCGCGCUGAGGCUGCUUGGAAAGAUUUAGAACUCGGCUACCAGCGGCGGCUGAGCCUAGCUGAGGAAAAGGAAGAUGAUGUGAUGAAACAGAUUAAAAAGUUGAUAGAAGAACGUAAUGACUAUAAAACCGCUUGCAUGAAUAUGGCAAAAACCUUAAAGGAACGAGGUGAUAAUGCCGAAAGCGAUCGUUUCAAACUGGCCGAUAUUGAAAAAGACAUGUGUGAAAGAGCCUGUACACGUUUGCAGCUUAGCGAAGAGUCUGCACGUGGAGAUUCCACCUUAGCUGAACAAUUAUGUCGAAUAACACAGCUUGAUAGAGAUCUACAAUUCAAAGAGGAACAGGCUCGUCGUAAUCUAUUGAGUCUGGAGAGUGAGAUUGAUUCUGAGCGAGGGUUAACCUAUGAGGCCGAGAGAGCUAUGCGUUCUGAGCUUGAAACGCUCAAGAAACAGAUGUCGCAGGUGUCUAAACAGCUGUUACAGGAAGAAGCAGAGAACAACGCUAUUAAGACUGAGCUGGAAAGUUUACGUAAAGAAAAAUACGAUAUGAUCGAAGAUUUGGACGGCUGUAAGGUUAUGUGUGAAGGCCGCAUGCAGAGUCGAAUAGACGAGUUGAAACAGAAGAGGGAUCAAUUAAAUGAACUCAAAGAAAAGGUGGUGGAUUGUCAAUGUAAAGUGCCACAAGACGCCGCUGUAGAAGUGAAGCGCACACCUUCUUUGGCUGCACUUUGUUAUUGUGCGCCUGAAGAUAAAUUUUUGGAAUCCUGUUCAUGUACAUCACUUAGGAGCCAACUGUUAUCUAACUUGCUGGCUGACCUCUUUGGAGGACUACAAUCAGAAUUGGGAGGGUCAGGGUCCUUGAUGCCUUGCCAGCUUUUAAAAUGCCUGGAAGAUAGACAUAACUGGGAUCGUACGAGUGUUGUUAAAACAAAUCUGCUAAAAUUUUUCGGACAAUUACUUAUUGGGGAGUUGGAUAUCGCUAUUGCUACUUCCAUUGAAAAAUAUCAUGCAAAGUGGGUAGGUGCUUGUUGCGCUGAUCAAGCUAGAGUCAUACCUGACCCAGGGAAUAUUGCACAAAACGAAGGCUGGCAGGAACGAGCCAUAGAGCGAAAAGCUCAGAAAUUGGCUUCCCAACUUGCUGAAGAUCUGUUCAAAGAAAGAGCUGAUCAGUUGACGAAAAAAGCAAAAGAAAUAAUAAAUGCUGGACCUCCCCCUUGCGAAUGCAAACCACGAUCUCCGGCAGUUUUUCAAUGUUUGGUUAAGCAACCAACAAUUAACAAUUCUCGUAAAACAAAUGAUAAUCCUCCGUCCUAUUUGAAACGGACAAUGCAAGAUGUCACCCAUCUUCGAACUCAAAUCGAAGACUUGAAAAAGGAGAGUAUUAAGAAGGAAGACUUACGUAAGAUGGAAGAGAAAAUAGCCAGGAUGGUUGGACGAUUUUCGAAACCUGACAACAAUUCGUCUGUGAAUAAAAAUAAUAAACUUUUGAAAGAAGUUGUAAAUGAUGAAGCGAAAGACAAAGUUAAAGUAUCUGGCGACACAUUACCUAGUCUUGAUUCUAAUUUUAUUAAAAAAAGAUCUCCAGAUGGUUACAGAUUUAAAAAAAAUAUCAAAAACUCGCUGAACAGCCAGAGGGGACGUAUUGAAAAACAUUCAAGUAAAGUUUUUAAGAAAAUAGAACAAUCAUUUGCCGUCAAUUUAUGUUUAUGUGGUGAUCAGAAUAAAGUCAAAAAACAAGAAAUAAGAAUGCUGAAUGAGUCAUCAUUAAAAAUUAAAAAAGGAAAAGAAAUUUUGCCUAAGACUUCUACUAUAAAGCAAACAAAACCAAUAGGUUUACCGUCAUCCCCAGAUCAACACUUUUCAGGUAUAAGUAAAGAUUUAUCUCAAUCUAUAUGCCCAAGUGAUUGUAUUUGCUUUCAUAAGAUUCCAUCAAACACGUCAAUUGAUAAACUACUAGAAACUCUUAAUAAAUGGAAAGGUGAUCUAGGAAAUAUGUCGUCAUACACCAAUAAAAACAACAAUCGUAAUAUCACAACUAAUCAACUGUUGCUAGGUGGUCCAAUAGAAGAGAAAAAUGAUUUAGAUUUAAAUAUAGGUAACGAGUCACCGAAGAUACUCGUAAAUAAUAAUAUAUCCAAUAGUUUCAAUUUUAUAGAAAAAAUAUCAACUGAAGAAGAUAUUCGCAAUAAAGCUACUUCCUGUGAUGCUGCUUUACCACAAGCUACUGAAUCCGAAUACAUAGGCGCUGUUAAUCUAGAUAAAAGCAAUGACAUUUUUUCCAAAAGCAACAUAAAAGUACCCAUGAAGCCGGCUGAGGGCAUCGUUGGAACAACAUCGUUACAUUAUCAGUGCUUGUUUACCGAUUCUUGUAAAUGUAAAAAGUCAGUUCCAUUGAAUCGUAACAAAAUAAUACCCGAUAAUCUCAAUAACAGUUUUCCCGAAAAAAAAGAUUCACUAAAUCAUCCUACGGAAACUAUGGACCAAGAUAUAAAAUUUUUGGAUGCCGAUGAUAAAUCUGUUAUUUCUCAAAGCAGUAAAAAAGGUGUAGCGGUUGGCGGGGAUUCAUUUAUUCAAGACGUUGUAAAAAAAUCUGAUUUAUUUCCUUGUAGUUGUGAUUAUCGCAUUAAAUUCCUAGGUGUUACUCUUGGGAAUUCUAACGCAAAUAAAAACAUAAAAGAAAAGCAGGGUACUCAUCAGUUCCCUAUUAAUUAUAGAGAAAAAAGAAUUGACGACAAUUUAAAUAAAAGAAACAACCCUCUUACAAAUUUACACAAAGAUGUUAAGUAUAAUUUACGAUGUGGAUUAAAUUCUUGUAAAUAUGGAAAUCAGUUAUUAGAGUCCUUACAUAAUUCAAGAGGUCAUUCAAGCCUUUCCCCUGAUAUUACCGACAAAACAGAAGAUGAUGAAUGUAUUUGUUGUGGUAAUAUGGAAAAAAGCGAAUUGGAACUUAAUGUAUUUAAUUUAUUGGAAGAACACUUGAAAGGAAAAUUUGAUGAAUUUAGGCGUUCCCUGAAUGAAUCUGUCUCGCUACAACCAGAGGAGGAGAAAAAUUUAUUUUUAAAUAUAAUUAAUAAAGUAAAAAAAGUUAUAUCCGAGAGCACCGGAAAUUUAACCUGUAUAUGUGUUAAAGAUAAAGCAAGUGAGGGGAGUUGGUCAAGGGUAUAUGGAUUAUUACAAGAAUAUUUGAAAAUCAAAUUAAAAAAAGCACAAUGCUCUUGUAUUCCAGGAGAGAAAGGUGCAGAGUCAGUUUUGCCUGGUAUAAUGGAUAAGGUAAAUAACCUUAUAGAAGAAGAUUUUCAACGUUUACGAGAUAAAUGUGGACAAAAUAAAAUAGAGAAAAGCUCAUUCGAAAUUCAAAAUAAUCAAGUUACAAAAAGUGUACAAGAAUGUAAAGAUCAAAAUGAAACAUUUGUUCAAUUUGAUGCUAGAGAUAUUGAUUAUCUUAAAGAUAGUUCCUUUCAAGCAUCAAAAAUAAUUUAUUUUAAUAAGUCUUGUGAAACCAUAGACAACAAAUUAUUUCAAGCCACUACAUCAGAGAAAGAAAAUUCUUGUGAUCUCAACCGAGUUUAUGGAACACUCUGCAAUUGCAGACCAAUUUUCAAUGAAUAUUCUCCUGUACAUAAACAUACAAUUGUAAACCAAUGUGCUAAAAUAAUACCAGUUCAAGAAAAAGAGGUAUGCAGUGCAAUGAAUAUUGUUGCUGGAAUCUCUUCUACGAAUACUUCUAUUGAAUCGUCAACAAUUCCUACUGAAAAGAAAGAGGUUACUGAACAACCUACUAAUUUAAAACCUUCAUAUAUUGGUUAUACAAUAAAUUGUUCAUGUGAUCGCACAUUAGGAAAUUGUCGUUGUAGUAAAUCAACGGUUGAAACUAAUAGUAAUCAAAUAAACUUUAUUUGGAAAUCAUUGACAAAUGAUAUAUAUACAAAGAAAAUGUCAUACAUUAUGCCUAAAAUGAUAACUAAUAUAAAGUCUGAACAUAUAGUUGCAAACAAGAGUCCUUAUAAUACUGGUCGUGAAAACAACUUGAAAUAUAAAGAUGAAGGCAAAGAGUGUUGUGACACUGACAUUAGUACGACUUAUAACGAGGAUAUAACUUUAAAGGAUUCUAGGGACAAAUAUACGGGAGCAACAAAAGAAGUCUGUACUUCUAGUAAUGUUAACACGGGGACAGACUUAAAUCAAGAGACCAUUUGGAAUACUUGCGAACAACAAUCACUAAACAGUAACAGAUACAGUAUUGAUUCCAAUUAUGAUAAAAAGAAACUCUUUGAUUCUUUGUUUUUGCCAUCAGACAGUUACUCAAAACACAAUUUUAUUGAACACGUAGAUGAAAAUUAUGAACCAGAAGCAGAAAAAUGCAGUUGCAAAAUGGUUCCGAUUUGUCAUGUUAAAAUAAUCUUUAUAUGUUGGGUUUGUCCAGUUCUUUAUAAUGGCAAUAAAAGAGAUGUGGAAGAAGAAGAUCUUAUUAGGCCCAACAAGUACUAUGAUUCUAAACUUCUCGGCGACACUUUGGAAAAAUACUGGUUAAAAGAAUGUGAAAAAGCGUUGGCUGGGAACCGACAACCAUCUUUAUUGAAAGUUCUGAUAAGAGCGUAUGGCUGGAAGUAUUUUGCUGGAACAAUUUUUCUUACUAUUAACUUAGCAAUGAGUAUUGUUCAGCCUCUGUUGUUCAGCCGAUUGCUAACGUAUUGGUCGUCGACUAACGAUCAGGCUAUAAAUCAGAGAGAGGCUGGUUUUUACGCUCUAGGCAUGUUGGUGACAAAUAUUAUAGGAAUCAUCAGCCAACAUCAUAAUUCUUUAUUUGUGAAUCGAUUUGGUUUAAAGGUGAAAGUUGCCGUUUCCUCACUAGUUUUCAGGAAGAUGUUACGAAUGAGUCAGUCCUCUCUUAGCCAAGUAGCUGCAGGGAAGGUAGUGAAUAUAAUGUCCAGUGAUGUUGCUAGAUUUGAUUAUGCCUUCAUGUUUCUGCAUUAUUUGUGGUUGGUGCCAAUUCAGGCAGCAAUUAUAUUGUACUUUCUUUAUGACGCCGGUGGUUAUGCACCCUUUGUCGGCCUCUUUGGUGUUAUCCUUCUGGUUUUGCCUAUACAAGCCGGCUUGACUAAACUAACAUCGAUUAUAAGGCGAACAGUCGCCCAAAGAACGGAUAGCCGUAUCAAAUUAAUGAAUGAAAUCAUAAAUGGUAUUCAAGUCAUCAAAAUGUACGCCUGGGAGAAGUCAUUUCAGAAGGUUGUCCAAGGUGUAAGAGCCUUCGAAUUAGUUGCGCUAAGCAAGGCUGUUUUUGUCAGAAGCGUGUUUUUGGGAUUUAUGAUGUAUUCUGAGAGGGCUAUUAUAUUUAUAACAUCUCUAACUAUAAUUCUUACCGGCGGAAUGCUAAGCGCUGACACGAUUUACCCUAUUAAAUCAUUUUUAGGUAUAAUACAGAUAAAUUUUACUUUUAUGAUGCCACUAGCUAUUGCUGGUUUAUCAGAGUUACUCGUAUCAUUACAGCGUAUACAGAGCAUUCUUGUUUUGGAUGAGAAGGAAGAUAUAAAAGUUUUGCCACAAGCAAUAUUACCCGCUAACGGCAUUUAUAAAAAGUUUUCUACCACUGGUGAUAUGAACAUAAUGUCACUAAAAAAUUCUUCGCCACUAGAGAAAACUAAUUCAACAGUUGAUUCGUAUGCGCCACAUGAAAAUGAAAAUGACAUAGAGCUUUCCAAGGUCAAUGCAUCUUGGGUUUCGACUAAAAAUCCUCAAGAUAUGACUCUUAAAAAUGUCACUUUAAAUGUGCCGAAGGGAAAGUUGGUUGCCGUAGUUGGGCCCGUGGGUUCGGGAAAAACUUCUUUGCUGCAUGUAAUACUUCGAGAAUUACCAAUAAGUAGCGGACAUCUUAAUUUAAACGGAAGCAUAUCUUACGCUUGUCAAGAAACUUGGUUGUUCCCUCAAACUGUUCGAGAAAACAUUAUUUUUGGCUUACCCUAUGACGCACAAAAAUAUAAACGGGUGUGCAAGGUGUGCUCGUUACUUCCCGACUUCAAGCAGUUUCCUUAUGGUGAUCUUUCGUUAGUCGGAGAAAGAGGUGUCUCUUUAUCCGGAGGUCAGAGGGCGAGAAUUAAUUUAGCCAGAGCGAUUUACAGAGAGAGUGAUAUAUAUUUACUGGACGAUCCGCUCUCAGCUGUGGAUGCAAAUGUUGGAAGAAUGCUCUUUGAGAAUUGCAUACAAAGAUAUUUAAAUGGUAAAACGCGUAUUCUUGUAACUCACCAAAUACAUUUACUGAAACCCGCCGAUCUUAUUAUCGUUGUUGAUGAGGGUUCUAUUAAAAAUAUCGGAACUUACAAUGACUUAGUAAGAUCUGAAAAGGUAUUCUCAAGUUUAAUGGAAAGCAAAGAAGAAAAGACAGAAAAGGUUGAAGCUAGGCCACCUGUAAAACAUAGUAUAUCUAUGAUAUCUGUUAGAAGCGAUGAUAAUCCUGAAGAAGAAAGAGCACAAAUCCAGGAAGCUGAAGAACGAGCUAAAGGAAACUUAAAAUGGAGCGUGAUUGCACAAUACAUGAAAAGGGUAGAGUCUUGGUUCGUAGUCUUCCUAACAAUAUUUGCCCUCCUGCUGACGCAAGGUGCUGCAACUAUCAGCGAUUAUUGGCUUAGUUUCUGGACAAACCAAAUUGAUGAGUAUAUAAAAUCUCUUCCAGAAGGUAUUCUACCAGAUCCUAGUUUGGAAACACAAAUUGGACCCCUAACAACUGGCCAGUACUUGUGGAUAUUUGGUGGUUUAAUAUUGUUUAUAAUAAUUAUGACACACGUUAGGAUUCUAGCUUUUGUUGUACUAUCAAAAAGAGCGUCGCAGAAUCUUCAUAAUAUAAUGUUUAAGAAUUUACUAACAGCCGUGAUGAGAUUCUUUGACACAAAUCCUUCAGGUCGUGUUCUAAAUCGUUUUGCUAAGGAUUUGAGCGCAAUGGACGAGAUCUUACCACGUACACUAUUUGAAGCUAUUCAAAUGUAUCUGUUUGUGUUAAGUGCUCUUCUUUUAAAUGCCAUCGCUCUUCCGUGGACUCUGUUACCCACUUUUAUUCUAUUAGGAGUUUUUAUAAUUUUACUUAAAUGGUAUUUAAAUGCGUCGCAGGCGAUCAAAAGAUUGGAAGGCACAACUAAGAGUCCCGUGUUUGGUAUGAUAAAUUCAACGCUGAAUGGGUUAACAACUGUUAGAAGUUCCAAUUCUCAAAACAUGUUGCUAGAAAAAUUUGAUGAUACUCAGGAUCUCAAUUCUCAAGCACUAUUCACAUAUUUUGGCUGUUCAGUGGCUUUCUGUCUAUAUUUGGAUAUGUUAUGUCUUGUCUAUAUGGGAGUAUUAUUUGCAACUUUCAUCUUGAUAGAUUUUGGGUAUCUGAUCGAGGUGGGUAGCGUUGGUCUGGCAGUGAGUCAGUCUAUGAGUUUGACAAUGAUGUUACAAACAGCAGCUCGUGGUACAUCAGAGCUGUUAGGAACUUUAACAGCUGUGGAAAGAGUUCUCGAGUACAGCCGUCUACCUCCUGAAGAAAACAUGGAGGAUGGUACUCCACCGCCCAAUAAUUGGCCAUCAAACGGGGAAGUGCGCUUCGAAAAUGUUACUUUGAGAUACGGACCUGAAGAUCCACCCGUUCUAAGGAAUUUGAACUUUAUCAUACGUAGCGGGUGGAAGGUUGGCAUCGUUGGCAGAACAGGAGCUGGCAAAUCAUCGUUGAUUUCAGCUCUGUUUAGACUUUCAAAUAUCGAGGGUAGUAUUAAAAUAGACGGAAUAGAUACUGUUUGUCUGUCAAAAAAGGAUUUAAGAUCAAAGAUAUCGAUCAUUCCACAAGAGCCGGUAUUAUUUUCUGCGAGUCUACGGUACAAUCUGGAUCCUUUUAAUAAAUAUAGCGAUGAUGAGAUUUGGAGAGCACUGGAACAAGUGGAAUUAAAAGAUUCGGUACAAGCUUUGGACUUCCAAGUAUCUGAAGGUGGUGCUAAUUUCUCUGUUGGUCAAAGACAGUUGGUAUGUCUUGCGAGAGCAAUCCUGGGCUCCAACAAAAUACUGGUCAUGGAUGAAGCAACAGCUAACGUUGAUCCUCAGACUGAUGCUCUAAUACAGAAGACGAUAAGAAAAGAAUUUAUCUCAUGCACUGUAUUAACCAUAGCUCACCGGCUUAACACAAUUAUGGAUUCUGAUAGGAUUUUAGUCAUGGACAAAGGAGAGAUGGCGGAAUUCGAUCACCCUUUCAUACUCCUAUCAAACCCCCAAAGUCAUUUGAACUUUAUGGUCAAAGAAACUGGGGAGUCAAUGAGUAAUCAACUUUAUGAAACAGCAAAAACAAAGUAUUAUAGCCAAAGUGACGCGAUCUAUAAGGAUAAAUAA